GGCAAGACCACAUGGCAUCUUUCUUUCCCCAGUCAAGCCAAGUCUCUGUAGGCAGGGCAGUAAGGGGCCCCAGCCACCUGGACUCCCCUGGAGGGGGCUAUGGCACAUUUUUUAACUCUAACAUUUCAGGCCAGAUGCACUUGUGGCGUGCCCAGCCCUGUGUUGAACUGCUGGCAUCACCAGGUGCCUGUCUCAUGGCCCAAGCACCUGGGAGACCUGUGCUGUGUCCUCCAUUUCAUCCAUGAUGACCACAGGCCUGCAGAGGUGAAGCCUUCGCUCGGGCCUCCUGGCUGUGAUGCACAAGCAGAAAGGGUCCCACCCAGGCCCUGCCUACCUGCCUGCCAGGCUCCUCCUCCAGUGCCUUUGGGUGACUUCUCCAGGAGGCUUGAGACACCCAGGUGUCCCCAAGGCCAUUGCCCGUGGACACUGGAGUGGCCGAGAUGCAGAGGGGCAGCUCUGCUGAGUGUGCAGAUGUAGAGGACCAGUGACUCAGUGUGGUCGUCAUGGGAAUCAUGGCAGUAAGGCUGUGAUCCUACUGUGUUGCCCAGAGGAGGUGCUGUGGGGCCCAAGGACUCAAAAUUGUACACAACCACCAUGUUUGUGUUGGUGCCGGUUCCGUAGACUCCACGGUUCGAGUGGAGGUGGCGUGACCCCAGAGAGAAGCCCUGGGGCCCUCACUGGAGACCCUGUCAGGUUAUGCUCCCAUACUGCCCACACUGAAGGAUGCCCUAGGUCCCAGGCCUCUGCAGCUUGCCUGUGGUUUUAUUAGGUGUGAGAACUUCAGGUCAUGGCUCAUGGUAGCAUGUGGCUCUGGAGACCUCUUGGAAGAAAUCGGGUGCAAAGUAUUUAGAGUAGCUGGAGGUCUCUUGAGUCGAUAAGCUCUAGUCCUUAUCUCAUGGAUCCCAUGAAACAUGUAAAUACUGCUCCUUUCCCAUUGACUGCCAGGAAGCUCUGACCCCUACGUGUAGCCCACAGGCCACUUGGCUCUUACGCUGACCUUGUUCCUGCUUCUUUCGGACUUUCAUACUCUUCUUUUCUGCUUGCCUCAUUUUCAUCGCCUAAUUUUCCCAGGGAAGAAAAAACCUUGCUGUUUUAUGUUUUUGAGCCUUAACUAAACAAACAUCUAUGGUGGCUCAGUGUUGGCUCCUGCAGAUCCGGGAUUAAGCAUUUCCUCCCCCAGCCUCUAUCCCAGCCAACUCCCCCUUCCCUGUCCAGUUCCCUGCCCUUUGCUCUGGUUCCUGGCACCCCAGAGCUUUGGGGCCCCUCCAUCCCGGCUCUGAGUCUGCUCAGAGAGACAACGUUCAGUUCCCUUUUUCUCCACUUUCCUUCCCCAUCCCCCUUGGCCUUUAUAAGAGUCCUGGGGAGGAGAGAGGGAAGGGAGGCAUGUCCCCAAGUUCCGAGGGAGCUGUUCUCCAUAACCCCAGCUCCUGCCCUGUCCCAACGGUGUCCAGCCAACUGCUGUCCAUCACGGCCACCCAAUCAGGGAGAGCCCAGCUCUAGGGAAGCAGCGGGGCACCUUGUAAAUAGGAGAGGGAACAGCUGGUCAGCAGUGCCCUGGGUUUAGGACAGGAUGGGCCCCACCCUGUCACAGCUACCUUUCCAGCUCUUGUGUGAAGUGGCUUCAAUUCAUCUGAGGAUUAUGACUCAAAGCUCCCCAUGAACUGUCUCUCGGCUCUACCUUGCACGUCACACAGUUUCUGGUUCACGUCCCCAGUGUGUUUCUGCAGGUAUAUAAAUAUUUGUGUGUGCUCCUUAUAAAACCAGAGAUGGUGGUAGGUAUCACACCUCGUUCUCUGGCCCUAGCUGUUUUGACUCUCUACAUGGGAUGCUUGUUCCUCGUUAGUACAAGCGGAUCCCUGGAGCCCUCUCUGAGCAGUGAAGGGGUCAGGCCUCUGGGGCGGGGGCCUCCUCAGCUUCAGGAGGUCCCGGGAAACAUAUAAGUUGUGUGUGUAACAUUGUGGGUACAAAUGGCAUUUUCUGGGACAAGGACUUGUGUUUCCCAAGGGGCCUGUGGCCCAGACAGAGUACAGAGCUGCCCCUGGGCCGAGCUGGAUUCCCACCAAGCAGGGAGGGAGAACAGAGCCUGUGGGCCUCAGCCCGUGGGGCAGCCACAGAUGAUGCCGGAGCUGGGGGACAGUCAAAGACACCCCACUCUAGUCCCUUCUGGAAGAUGCCUGGACAUGCGCACUGCCAAGGGGGGCCCCGUCGGCUGCGAGGGUGGCCCAAGUGUGGAGUGGGGGUCUUCGUGAGAUGGAGAAGCCCGGUCGGUCGUCAGAGCUGGGGCCCUCUGGUCUCUGGAUCGAUGGUCAGAGCCAAGGCGCAGAGGCCAGGGAGAGCCCUUGGCCACUCAGCCAGGGAAGGGUGGAGGCCAUGGCUCCCCUGCGGGGACAGAAACUUCAGUGUUCUUCCCCUCCCGAGGAAAGAGGCCUCGGAUGAGGCGAGGCUGCCUGUGGCUGCUGGCUCUGGAGUGAUUGAGGAGGGGGGUGCGCAGCCGGGACGGGUGCUGUCAGCACACCUCGCUGCUUCCUGCGGCCUUCAUCUCCCGCUGGCCACUGCUUCUGCUUAGAACCUGCCAGGCAAACGCCGGUCCAGGAGGCUGCACUACAGCCUCUGGCCACUAGAGGGCAGCAGGAAAGCCACUGCGGUGCCUAAGGAGAGAGGCGGGGCAGAAGGGGGUGGGAGAAGUCUGUGUGUGUCCCUGUCAGAGUGAGACCCCGUGGGCUGCAGGGUGAUGUGUAAUGAGGCACUUUCCCUGGAGAGAAGAGCAAAGCAUUAAUGAUGAUACUAUUAACUGCUUUAUAGGGUGCUUGCCUUGUGCUGGGUGCUGUCAGAACUAAUUAGUCCUCCCAACAGCCUUGUUAUAAUUACUCCCACUUUGCAGGUGAGAAAACAGAGGCCCAGAAAGAUUAAGACAUCCAGACAAGCUCCCACAGCCAGUAAGUGGGCGAGCUGGGAGAGCCUGCACCUUAACUAAAUGUCUGGAAUUGUCUGAAUCCUUUAAGAACUCUUCCAAUUCUUAUAAUCACUGCUGUGAUUGUACCCAUUAUGGAUGGGGAAACUGAGGCUCAGGGGCAGCAGGUGAAUCACCCAGGUGUGCAUCCCUGCUGAGUGACAGAUCCAGGCUGACAUGGCUCACAGCUUGAGGCCUUAGCCCUGAACUUGAGCUUUUCCGAAUCAAGUUCUGCUCCUCUCCCACCAGGGGCGCCCAUUGGAAGCUGGCUGGCGCUGAGGUGGGAGCUUUCUCCUGGGCGUGGAGUUAGUUCACCAUCUCCCCUGUCUUCCAACACAAAGGACGGAUCCUGGGCUCCCGUGUUGGAGGCACGAUGCCCUAGAGGUGGAGGGAGGCCAUUCCUGAGUCACUGGAAGCCCAGAAGGGGGCCUGGGCUCCACCUUCUAACUUGGAGCCCAGGGGCAUUGGGGAGGCUUUUGCAGUGGCCAGCGCUCCCUUGGGAACAGCAGGACCUGGCCCUGGGGCUCGGGUUUCCAGGGCAGAUGCCUCCAGCAUGCCAAGGACACUUGGCUAGCCCUGGACCUGCCUCUGCCAGGUUGGCAGGGGAGCAAGGCACUUCCAGGAGGGCCGGAUCCCCCCAUCUUCCUGUUCCCAUGCCCUGGCUCUGGCCUCCCUGGGAGGUGCGGGUGGCCUUUGUCUGGGCUUCAGACACUGGCUCCCCAGUGCCCAGGCUGUGCCUUGUGAACCCCGCCCCCUGUCUUAGGGACAGAUGGCACUGAGCAGAACAGCAGCUCCUGCUCCUGGCCUUACGCUUCUCUGGUGGGGGUGCAGAGAGAGUUAGGGCAACAUGGCAGAUGCUCCUCUUUGGAGAACCUCCCGGGUGCAUUUUGUCUUGGGAUCCCAGAUUUCAGGGGAUGUUGUCUCAGGGCUGAAAUACCGGUGAGCCAGGGAGUAGAUCCAGGAAGAAGAUUUGUGUGUGGACUUCACAGCACAUAGCCUGGCCUAGGGUCCUGGCUGUGCCCCUUUGGGGUGUGAGCUUGGGGAAGUCACCUCACCACCAUGAGCCUUAGCUCCCCUCUCUGUACAAUGGGCAGUGACUGUCGACCUCACAGGGUUGGCACGAGGGUGGGAUGAGUGCCCACAGGAGGAGUCCAUGCCUGGGGGCAUGCUUGGGAGUGCCCAUGAGGACUGGCCUUCCCUGGCACGAUGUUACCCAUAAACCCCGGGGCAGGGCUUGCCCCCCAGGAGAGCUGAGAGGUGUCUGGGACUGCAUGCAGCCAGAUGCGAUGGUAUUGCAACUCAAGGGCGGACUCCUCAGUACUUAAAACUGUCACCCGCACUACUGUUGUUGGCAUUCCCUGCCCAGUUUCUUCUUGAAUGCCGUCAGUUCCCUUUUGUCUUGGGCACUCGGGCAGAGGAGCGGCCUGUACUUGGCAGGGGAGCCAGGCACCCAGCAGAGAGGGUUUCGCACUCCAGGAUGGGGGCUGCAUCCCCUGCAGGCAGAAGGUGAAGUCAGGUGCAAUGGGGUGUGGUGGAGGCUGUGGCUCUUCUCUGAUCACUGGGAAUCUGGACUGUGCUCUUUUCUCUAUUUACUGCCACUUGGUGACCUGGUAUGGAUUUGUAUCUAUAGCGAGUCAAGUUUCAUGUUGAAAACUGGACUCCCAGGCCUGGAGCUGCAGUGUGCCCUCUGCUAUCUCAGCCCAGGCUCGGUUCCCCUCCCGAAGGCCAGCUCCAUUUCCUCCCUUGGGGCUGAUGGUGAGGGGCCUAAGCCCUGGCUAGAGUCUGACCCGGAGGGACUGCGCUUUCUGCUAUUUCUUAUCUGCUUCUGCAUAUUGCCUUAGUCUUUGAGCCUUCACUGCUCUCUCUAUACCAUGGGAGUGAGGAGCGGCCUCUCCUGUGGGUUUGUAGGGCUACCAUGGUGCCAGGACUUGCGGGAGCCAGGGCAGGGGGCUGUGCAGGUUUGGAAAAUGAAGAUCCACUGGCCUGACCCCAGAGAAGCCACAGCAAAUAGCAGAAUGUGUGACAAAUAGCACAGGUAUUUCACCCCAUCAGUCGUGAACGAAUGAAUGAACGGACCAGACAGCGAAGGGAAGGGAUGCACUUCAAGCCUGACCCCUUCUGAUACUCUUAUGAAGGUCAGGAACCGUGCUGGGUCCUUUCAACAAAUGCUGGAGGAACAGAAAGUUCGAGAAAGUGGGAUCUCCUGGGGGUGGGUCAGAGAGCGUGGGCUCUGGGGAAACUUCUGUUUGGGGUUAUAGUGGCUGAUGAGCUCAGGCAGGCCCCCUCACCCCUUCACUGGGCUCUGUGCAGAGUUCUUGAGGGGGAAGAAAUCAGCUCACGUGAGUAAAAGAUGUGGUACUUUGGCAGUGCGUGGUAGAGGAUGACCGAAUCAUCGCUCCCAUCUUGGCGUUGUAACGCAGACUUGGUGCAGCUCAUUAAUAAGGUCCACUUCUGCUUUGCGUUUCAGGUAGCUGCUCUGCUCUCAUCGGUGUGGUUGAGGAGGAAGAAUCCCUCUUCCUGGCUGGCCCUCUGGAGCUGUGCUUUUGACCUGGAGGCUGGGGGGUGAGCCCUGUGCCUGAUCUCCACCCCCAUCACUGAACAAGUUGGAUUUUGUCUCACUGAUUUCAAAUGCAGAACCAAUGGGGGCCGCGCUGACUUUCAGGAGUCUGGGCACUCAGGCUGGCCGGCCUCUGCCCAUGGGCCUUGUGCCAGCAGAGGGGCACAGGCUCAUUGGGAGGGUAAGGGGGAGGUAAGUGAAGGUGAGAUGUGGCCCAAGAUGCAGGACCUUGGGCACCAGAGAUGGCACUUGCUUGGUUGGGGCCCUGGAGUCAGUGAUAAAUCCAGGGGGCAUUCGGGGCCCUCACUGCCUGGCCCUGGGGGCGGCCUGUGGGCCACAGGGCACAGGAGAGAAUGUAGGAGGCGACCCUGGGAGCCCAGCCCUACCCUCAGGACUCUGUCUUCUCUGCAGGCUGCUGGCCACAGGGCUGCUGCACAGGCUUGGCCCGCAGGACCAUUGCUGGCUUGGCCUGGCGACACUGGUGGCUGCAGACUGUCCAGCCUGGGACAGCCCCUCUUUGACCUCGAGCCGUGCAGAAGCAGCCCCAUGAAGGUGGCCAGCCAUGCAAUGCUCCUGGAAGGCUGUGCUCCUCCUGGCCCUGGCCUCCAUCGCUAUCCAGUACACGGCCAUCCGCACUUUCACCGCCAAGUCCUUCCACACCUGCCCUGGGCUGGCCGAGGCCGGGCUGGCCGAGCGGCCGUGCGAGGAGGGGCCCACCUUCGCCUAUAACCUCUCUCGGAAGACCCACGUCCUCAUCCUGGCCACCACUCGAAGUGGCUCGUCCUUCGUGGGCCAGCUCUUCAACCAGCACCUGGACGUCUUCUACCUGUUCGAGCCCCUCUACCACGUCCAGAACACGCUCAUCCCCCGCUUCACCCAGGGCAAGAGCCCGGCCGACCGGCGGGUCAUGCUGGGUGCCAGCCGUGACCUGCUGCGGAGCCUCUAUGACUGCGACCUCUACUUCCUGGAGAACUACAUCAAGCCGCCUCCAGUCAACCACACCACCGACAGGAUCUUCCGCCGAGGGGCCAGCAGGGUCCUCUGCUCCCGGCCGGUGUGUGACCCCCCGGGGAGCCCCGACCUGGUCCUGGAAGAGGGGGACUGCGUGCGGAAGUGUGGGCUGCUGAACCUGACCGUGGCCGCCGAGGCCUGCCGCGAGCGCAGCCAUGUGGCCAUCAAGACGGUGCGGGUGCCAGAGGUGAACGACUUGCGGGCUCUGGUCGAAGACCCCCGCUUGAACCUCAAGGUCAUCCAGCUGGUCCGAGACCCCCGGGGCAUUCUGGCCUCCCGAAGCGAGACCUUCCGUGACACGUACCGGCUGUGGCGGCUCUGGUACGGCACGGGGAGGAAGCCGUACAACCUGGACGUGACGCAGCUGACCACGGUGUGCGAGGACUUCUCCAACUCCGUGUCCACGGGCCUCAUGCGGCCCUCGUGGCUCAAGGGCAAGUACAUGCUGGUGCGCUACGAGGACCUGGCCAGGAACCCCAUGAAGAAGACCGAGGAGAUCUACGGCUUCCUGGGGAUCCCCCUGGACGGCCAUGUGGCCCGCUGGAUCCAGAACAACACUCGGGCCGACCCCACCCUGGCCAAGCACAAGUACGGCACCGUGCGGAACUCGGCUGCCACAGCUGAGAAGUGGCGCUUCCGCCUCUCCUACGACAUCGUGGCCUUCGCCCAGAGCACCUGUCAGCAGGUGCUGGCCCAGCUGGGGUACAAGAUAGCCGGGUCGGAAGAGGAGCUGAAGAACCCCUCCAUCAGUCUGGUGGAGGAGCGGGACUUCCGGCCCUUCUCGUGAGGCGGGCGUGCGGGGGGUGGGGCGCCAGGGGUCGGACCAUUUCUAACUGUUGCCUUAUUUCCCCGCCCGCGCCCGCCCGCCCGUCUGUCUCGCCCGGCCUAUCUUUGUGUCCUCCCUGCCCUCUGCCCGCCCUACUCCCUGCUGCCUCUUUUUGUCUCUGAAAUUUGCACUACCAUCGUAGGGGAAUCCCUGGGGCAGAGGGCGGGAGAAGUGGGGGACGCCCCGCACCCCAUGCAGACACACGGAUGUUGGGUCUCUAGGUGGACCGUGAUGAUGUUUACAAGCACCCCACUCACACAUGCACACAACGCACAUGGGGACCGGUGGGGAGAGGCACCCCGACCCCCAGCCUCCAAGCUUUUGGAAUGGAUGAGUGUGGGGUGGGGGUUGGGGUUUUGCACUGUCUUACUUCUGCAAAGUAAGGGGAUGGAAACGAAGGACCACCUCUGGCUGACGUAGGAAAGGGGUCUCUCCCUCCCCCCUCCCUGCUCCCCGCCCCUGGCACCCACCUUCUCCCUUAGAGUAGAGAUUCUGCUCCCUCCUGCCGCCCUUGCCUGUCGGGGAGCAGGUUCUAACUGUGAGGUGAACGUGGGCCUUGUUGAUCUUCUCCAGUCUGUGGUGAUGCUGACUGUCUGUCUGUCUGUCCGUCUUAGUCUUGUGGCUGCCCCUGGACCGGCAAUAACGGGUGAGUCUUCUUACUAUGAAUUUCUGGUUGAUUUUGGGGUCCAUCUGUGAAAUUUCUUUGUGCCAAAAAGAAAAAAAAAAGAGAGUGGAUCAGUUUGCUAAAUGAACAUUGAAAUGCUUUAUCUGUGUUUUCUGUAAAUAAAAGUGUGCAAUACUA